GUUAACUCCAUGGCUGUCAACUCGGUUGCCAGCGUAACUGUAACAGCAGCCGUUGGAAGUGUGAUCUAUGCUCUCUUCUUCUCCUGGUUGACACCACAGGCGAUUGUCAUUUCUUGUAUCGUGAGUGGAAUGUUGGCGGCAGCGAUAUGGUUUAUACUGGGCACAGUGGUGACUCUUGGCAAGAUGCGUAGCCUGGAUUGUGAGUGGAAGUACAAUAUUACAAAAAUGGAUGAUCACCUGUAG